AUGACUAUCAACUCGUCGGCCAACGGAACUUUCGAUUCCAUCCCUGCUACCGGUAGCCAUGCUCCCACCGGAAGUGCUGCUGUCAAUGCAGGUGCCCGCCCCUCCGAACCCAUUGCCAUUGUUGGUAUCAGCGGCAAGUUCGCAGGGUCGGCCAGCACCCCCGAGAAGCUGUGGAAGAUGCUGGCCGCCGGUGAAGGUGCCUGGUCUCGCAUCCCCGAGGACCGCUUCGACGUGAACUCCUUCUACCACCCAGACAAGGACAGGGCUGGACGCAACCACGCCAUUGGUGGUCACUUCAUUGACGAGGAUGUCGCCCUUUUCGAUGCCGGUUUCUUCAACUUGCCGGCUGAUGUGGCUAGUGCCAUGGACCCUCAACUACGUCUGUUGCUGGAAUCUGUCUAUGAAGCCAUGGAGGAUGCUGGUCUCCCAUUGGAAAAGAUUGCUGGAACCGACACAUCCAUGUACACGGGCUGCUACGGCAAGGAUUACCACGAUCUUCAGAGCCGUGACCCCGAAGCCAUGCCCGCUCCUUUCCUCACGGGUAACGGUACCGCCAUGCUUUCCAACCGUGUUUCCCACUUCUACGAUCUGCAGGGGCCCAGUAUGUCGAUUGAUACUGGUUGCUCGGCUGGUCUCGUCGCUCUUCACCAGGGUUGCCGUAGCAUCCAGUCUGGCGAGUCGGAGAUGUCCAUAGUUGGCGCCAGUACGACCAUCUUGAACCCUGACCUGUACAUUGCUAUGUCCAUGUUGAGCAUGGUUGGUGAAGAGGGCAAGUGUUACGCUUGGGAUGCUCGUGCCCAGGGCUACGGAAGAGGAGAGGGUGUUGCCGCCCUUGUGCUGAAGUCUCUUGAUGCUGCGAUCCGGGAUGGUGACCGCGUUCACGCUGUCAUCAGAGAGACUGGACUGAACCAGGACGGAAAGACUCAGACUAUCACAUCUCCUUCCAUCGACUCGCAGAUCAAGCUGAUCCAGCAGUGCUACCGCAAGGCUGGCCUGAACAUUGCUGAUACUGGUUACGUUGAGGCCCACAUGACAGGUACUCCUACCGGUGAUCUUGCCGAGGCGACUGCCUUGGCGAAGACCUUUGGAAAGAGCCGUCAGCCUAACGAUCCUGUUUACAUCGGCUCGGUGAAGACGAACAUUGGUCACACGGAGCCUGUCAGUGGUCUUGCUGCUGUUAUCAAGACCAUUUGGGCCAUGAAGCACAAGCAAAUUCCACGGAACAUCAACUACGAGACCCCCAACCCCAAGAUCCGCCAGCAGGAGUGGAACCUCACUGUUCCCACUUCCCUUACCCCGUGGCCCAAGGACAAGGCCCUGCGUGCUUCCAUCAACAACUUCGGAUAUGGUGGUACCAACGCCCACGUCAUUCUUGAUGGUGCCCCCGAGCAGUUCCUCGGUGUCAGCGGCCGCCAGAUUGAGGAGACCCCAAGGGCACGCGUCCACAUUGUCAGUGCGAAGGAUAAGGUUGCCCUCAAGGGCAUGCUCGCUAACCUCGCUGAGUGGGCCACUGAACACCUCGACGACAGUGCUCUCGGAGACCUGGCCUACACCCUGGCUGAGCGCCGAUCCAGACUCCCAUGGCUGGCAGCUGUGAGCGCUAGCUCCGUCACCGAUCUGGCAGAACGCUUGAAGGAGCCUACCAUCAAGAUGUCUCACGCCACCAAGAAGCCCCGACUUGGCUUUGUCUUCAACGGUCAGGGUGCUCAAUGGCACGCUAUGGGACGUGAGCUGAUUGGAGCUUAUCCUAUCUUUGCCGAGAGCGUCCACAUGGCUGACAAGAUCCUCAAGGGCCACGGUGCGACCUGGUCUCUGUAUGAAGAACUUUUGCGCGAUGCGAAGACUACCCGUGUGUCUGAGGUCAACCUGAGCCAGCCUAUCACGGUCGGUCUCCAGUUGUGCUUGAUCGAUUUGCUCAGAUCAUGGGGUGUCGAACCGUCCGCCAUCACCAGUCACUCCAGUGGUGAAAUUGCCGGUGCUUAUGCGGUUGGUGCUCUGACUUUCUCGGAGGCUCUUGCUGCGGCCUUCUACCGUGGUGAGCUCGCUCUCCGCAACGAAGCUCUCAAGUCUCUUUCUGGUGGUAUGAUGGCAGCUGGUCUUGGCCAGGAAGAAGCAGCGAAAUACAUCGCUAAUACCGACAAUGGUCGCGUUGUUGUGGCUUGUGUCAACUCCCCCGGCAGCGUCACCCUUUCCGGAGAUCUUCCCGCUCUCGAGCAGGUCGAAGCUCGUCUGCAAGCUGAUGGAAUCUUUGCCCGAAGACUCAAGGUUCCGCUCGCAUACCACUCCCACCACAUGCUUUGCUUUGCGCAGGACUACACCGACAGCCUCACCAGGCUGCUGGCCGCUCAACCCAAGGACGGCGAGUGGGUGAACAAGGUCCGCUUCGCAUCCCCGGUCACUGGAAAGGUCGUCACUUCUGCCGAAACUCUGGGUCCCAAGCACUGGGCCGACAACUUGACCAAUGCAGUUCUCUUCAGCCAGUCUUUCGACGCCAUGUGCUUCAAUGAGGAUGGAAAGCGCGAAGUCGAUAUGAUCGUCGAGCUGGGCGCUCACGGCACUCUCGCUGGCCCCAUCCGCCAGAUCCUCAAGGGCCGCGAAGAGAUCCCCUAUGUUUCCUGCCUGCAGAGAGGUGUCAAUGCUGUUGAGACCAUGCAGAAUGUUGCCUGCGAGCUUUUGGGUAAGGGGUACCCCGUUUCCCUUGAGGCUGUCAACUCUCCUCUUGGCGAGAAGCAUCACUUCGUCCACGAUUUGCCCACGUACGCCUGGAACCACUCUACCCGCUACUGGACCGAGCCUAGAGUGAACAAGGAGAUCCGCCACAAGAGAUUCGCUCCCCACGAGCUGCUCGGCAGUCUGAUUCCUGGUGACAACGGUCUCACCCCGACCUGGAGAAACUUCCUCCGCCUCUCUGACGUGUCCUGGUUGAUUGACCACCAGAUUGACGGCUCCGUCGUCCUUCCUGGUGCAGGCUACAUCGCAAUGGCUAUUGAGGCAACUCGUCUUCUUGAUGGACCCACCGAUUCGAUCACUGCCUUCCAGCUGCGUGACAUUGAGAUUACCAAUGCUCUGGCCAUCUCGGAUUCCUCUGCCGGUGUUGAAACCCAGCUUCAGCUCCGUCCCUCUGACAAGGAGGCUGGCUGGUACGACUUCCUCCUGUCUUCUCUGACCGCUGCCGGUACCUGGAUCGUGAACUGCAGGGGUUCCGUCAAGGCCGAAAAGGAUGACAGCGCAAAGGAAGCCUCUCCCGAGUCUGCCCUUCACUCCGAAUCUUUCUUCCACCCCGGUGUCAAGCCCAGCCAUGUGAGCGAGGAUGCUUUGUUUGCCAGCCUGCGCCAGUCUGGCAUCUACCACGGCUCGUCCUUCCGCAAUCUUGGCGAUAUCCAGACUGUGCGGAAGAAGGCAAUCACCGACCUUACCAUCCCCACCGUGGCUUCCGAGGCUCAUGACUAUGUCAUUCACCCGACCACCCUUGACGCCAUUGUCGUGGCUGCCUACACGAACCUGCCCAAGAAGCUCCUCCAAUCUUCCAUGGUCGUUCCCCGUUCCAUGCGCAAGUUGACCAUCCGCAGUGGCCUCAACCGCCACAGCGGCGAGAAACUGCAGGCUUUCACCGAGAACCUGAGUGCGGACAGCCGAGGAUUCAGCUCGAACAUUGCCGUUAUCAACCAGGAUGACGAGCGCUCGCUGCCAGUCUUCGAGCUGGAUGAGUUCUUUGCCCAGGCCGUCCCGCGUGGCGCCGAGAACCCAGAGGCCAACCUUCCCAUGACUUCCAAGCUGCAGUGGGAGCUUGAUAUCUUCACCUCCAAGCCGGAUGCCGCCUUCAAGGACUCUCUCCGCAUCACUCCGACCGACCAGCAGGCGGAGUUCGAGAACAAGCUGCUACGUGCUACCUAUCUUCACAUCGCCGAUGCCGUUCGCGAGAUCGAGAAGACCGGCUACAACAAGACUUCCGAGAAGUGGGAGAAGCACAUCCAGCGUCUGUACGAGUGGCUGAAGGAAGUUGUGAAGCUCGGAGAGAGCGGAAAGCUGGCUCCCCGCAGCAAGACCUGGGCCCGCACCAGCAAGGGUAUGAAGCAGAUGCUUGUGGAUGAGCUGAUUGCCAGCAAGAACGCCUCCGCUUCCCUUACUGUCCGUAUCGGACAACAGCUUGCGAGCAUUAUCCGCGGCGAGGUUGCACCCCAGGAUUUCGCGAAGGAUGGCAACCUGGUGCCGGAGUUCCUGGCUGACUACCCUAAGCUCAAGGAGAGAACUGGCGCACAGCUUGCCCAGGUCAUCGAGCUCUUCGCCGUGAAGCGCCCUGGUGCCAAGGUCUUGGGUCUGGGAGCUGGUCUGGGGGCUGCCGCUACUGAGAGUGUCCUGCAGGCCUUUGCUGCUCGUGCCUCCGACGGCACCCGCUCUCUUCUAGGCCACUACACCUUCACUGCUGCCUCAUCUGACUCCCUCCAGGCUGCCAGCCAGAAGCUCGCUGCUUGGUCUGACUUGAUCGACUUCAAGGCUCUCGACAUUGAGAAGAACCCACUCGAGCAGUCCUUGGAGCGAGGAUAUGAUCUCAUUAUUGCCUCGCAAGCCUUCCAGGGCACUGAGUCUGCGCAAACCGCACUGUCCAAUGUGCAGAAGCUCCUCGCCCCAGGUGGAAAGCUGAUUCUCAUCGAGACCACCAAGGACCGUGCCGACUCGCAGCUUGUUUUCGCCACACUUCCCAGCUUCAAGGAGUCCAAGUCAGUCGAGUCUUGGGAUGCGCUCUUGCGCGAGGCGGGCUUCUCUGGAGUCGAUCUUGAGAUUGGUGAUUCCGAGGAGCCCAGCCUGCAGUCUCUCAGCUUGAUCUUGACUAGCGCCAAGUCAACCAAGUCUUCUUACCCCUCUACCAUCUCGAUCGUCCACCCCGCGACAGUCACCCCUCCUGCUGAGUGGGUUGAUGAGCUCAGCACUGCUAUCCAGGCUCGCACUGGUGUUACUCCCAUCACUGAAAGCCUUGAUGAGCUCGAGGCAUUCGAGGACAAGGCUAUCAUCUUCACAGCGGAACUGGAGCAGCCCUUCGUUCACCACAUUGGAGAGGCUGACUUCGGAAAGCUGCAGAAGCUACUGGUCAACAGCCAGAACCUCCUCUGGCUGAGCGCCGGUGGUGCGAUCGACUCCGAGAUCCCCGUCUAUGGGCAGACUCAGGGUCUUCUCCGUACUGUGCGCCAGGAAGACGCCGGCAAGCGCCUAAUCCAGCUUGACUUCACUGCCGCCACGGACUUGAUCCCCUGGACCAGUGACAAGAUCGGCCACAUUGUGGAUGUCUUUGAGCAGAGCUUCGACUCCAGCCUCACCGCUGCCGACCGUGAGUGCGAGUACUCGGUGAAGAACUCAACCCUCUACAUUUCCCGAGCCUACCCCGAUCUCGAUGUCCAAGAAUCCGCUGAUGCUACGCCUAUCUCCCUUGGCAAGUCUGAUGCAACCUACCUGAUUGUUGGUGGUAUGGGUGGCAUCGGUCGGUCCAUUGUGUCCUGGCUGAUGGAGAACGGAGCUAAGAACCUGCUUGUUGUUUCUCGCAAGGCCGAGGCCAGCCCUGAGGUGCCUGACAUGCAGGCCUCAGCCAAGGCCGAUGGUUGCAACCUCCAAAUCCGCUCCUGCGAUGUCUCCGACGAGCAGGCCCUGGUCAAGUUGCUCAAGGAUACUGCUGAUGUUCUGCCACCUGUUCGUGGUGUGAUCAACGCUGCCAUGGCCCUUGAGGACACGGUGCUUGAGCGUAUGACCUACGACCAAUGGCAAAAGGGUAUCCGGGCCAAGGUCGACAGCAGCAUUAACCUGAACACCCAUCUGCCCAACCUUGACUUCUUCAUCUUCCUCUCUUCGGUUACUGGUGUGGCUGGCCACACUUCCCAGUCCAACUACACUGCAGGUAACACUUUCCAAGAUGCCUUGGCGCGCCACCGUACUCUUCAGGGUGAGCCUGCCAUUGCUCUUAACCUGAGUGCCAUCAAGGGUGCCGGUUGGGUUGCCUCGCAGGGAGCAGAGGGUGAACAAGAGGUGCUCAAGCGUGUGGAACACUUGGGUGCCGUCUCCGCCGAUGUCGAUUUCGUCCUUGAGCUGCUCGAGAAGUCCAUUCGGCAGCCCCGCCCCACUAGCCCCGCUGAUAGCCAAGUCGUCGUGGGUCUGGCCCGGGACGAUGCUAUCCCCGAAGACUCCGUCACUCGUCUCGACCGUCGCUUCGGCACCCUUCGUCUCUCUACCCCUCGCGGAGCUUCUUCCGACGGCGCCGAAGCCUCUGGCAGCGCUGACAGUCUUGCUGUACUCAACCGUGCCCUCGCUGCUGGACCGGUGUCCAAGGCCGAUGCUAUCAAGCUGAUUGUGGAUGUGGUUGCCGGCAAGACGGCCUCCAUCUUCAACAUUGAGCAGGAAGUCAUCGACCCGAGUCUGUCCCUCUCCAAGUAUGGUGUCGACUCUCUGGUCGCAGUCGACCUCCGCAACUACCUUGCCACGAGCCUCAGGGCCAGGGUGUCCAUCUUUGACAUCCUCCAAACCCCGUCUCUGGCGGAGUUCGGCGCCCUGUUGGCAGAGAAGAGCGAGUUGAUUGCCAAAUAG